AUGGUGAAUGUGUAUACUACCAUGAAGAAAGUGAUCUAUGUCGACGGUCAAAUGGCGGUACUGCCAGAAGUGCCCGUGACAACAGAAGAUGUGAAGAUCGAGGGCAUGCAGCUAUGUGGAUCUGAUAACCAGACCUCAGAAGAGAUUGAUCGACUUCGCCAAAAGAUCUGGAAGUUCCGACACCUCUUGAUCGGCAAAGGAAAUGCCCUUCCGCCGGCGUCCAGAGGAGUCGCCAUCGCCCGGAAGUGUCGUAAGCUGCGGAUCCAGUUCAGGGAGAAGCUGGCAGACCUGAUCAAGGGUUUGUUAUCUGCCAAGAUGAUCAAUUACUCUAGAUCACCGUGGGCUUCCCCAGUCGUGGUGACCAUCAAGAAGAACGGAGUGGAUAUCAGGUUAUGCAUCGAUUACCGAUUGGUUAACAGUCUAACCCAGCUGAUGAUCUACCUAAUGCCCUUGAGCAACGACCUACUUGAAGAUCUGGCGUCAACACUCUGGUACUGUUCUUUGGAUAUGGCGAGUGGAUUCUGGGUAGUGAAAAUGACGGAUCGUGCUCGUUUGAUCUCGGCUUUUAUCACUCCUUUUGGGUUAUUUGAGUGGAAUCGAAAGCCUUUCAGCUUGAAGAAUGCGCCCCAGAUCUAUCAACGUACGAUCGGCAACGCGCUAUGUGGAUUCACCCGGAUCCCAAAAUCUGAAGAUCACGGAAGUACUUUGGAUGUGUUUGAGGACGGGGAACCGGUGGAUUCAGGCAAGCCAUCGGUGCUUGGCCGUAGAUCAUACAUCGACGACAUCCUAAUCCUAGCUAAUAACGGGGAUCAACUAUGUGCUCGAGGGGAAGGUUACCUCGAAGCGUGUGAUAAGUGGAAUUUUCCGAUCAGUGCGGUUAAGAGUUUUUGGGGAAUGCCUAAGGUGGAAUAUCUCGACCAUAAAGUAUCUCACAAUGGACUGGAGGCAAAGUAA